AUGUUCACGCAGCAAUUCGAGCUGUGCAAGCGCAUUCUGCGGACGCAUUUCGGACCGAUAGUGGCACAGGUGGCGACAGUGCUAAUUCACGAAGGCCGACUGCCGUUGGGCUUGCUGGCGCAAAAGGCAGGAAAGACAUUGCGGCAGACUAAAGAGUCGGUGGCGGUUCUAAUCCAGCAUGGGAUUGCCACGCACGCGUCCAGCAAGGAGGGGUCCCGCAUGGCCACAUACUAUUCUAUCAGCCCACGCAAUGUGCUGCGGCUGGAGCGCGCUGGCUUGUAUCUGGCAUUGGUCGAAGAGCGCAUGGGCAAGGAGGGCCUGGCGAUAUUCCGCGUGUUCAUGGACAACGGGCCUAAGCGUGUGCUGGAGUUUGAGGCAAUGGCAUCAGCCAAGCAGAUAAAGUUCCGCCAGGCAGUGGCCAAAAUGGUCAAUGAGCGGUACAUUACAGCGGUGCGUGCGGUUGAUACAGUGACCAAGAUCGACCGGCUGAUGGCAGAGGAGCGCAAGGAGCUGGACAAGCUGAUGGUGCCGCCGACGGCCAAGGAGCUGAAGGAGAUCCGUGCGCGGAUCAAGGAGCGUGAAGACGAAGAGUACCACAACACGGCGGUGAUUGGCAUCAAGCGCAAGGCCGUGAGCCACGAAGACAGCAUGGAUGGUGGCGAGGCGCCCGAGCAGCAGAUUGACACGGUCGAUGAAGCCAUGUUCUUCCGGCCGUACUGCGACCGCCUGGAUGUGUUCCUCCGCAACCAGCAGAUCACAAACUACUUUGCCGACAAAUACAAUGCUGCGGCUGGCGCAGUGAUCAAAACCAUGCUGCGACUGACCGAGUCCAAAACCAAAACCUGCCGCGACAAGGUUUCGCCCACUGUCUCCGCCAGCCAGACCGCCAAGGGCGACGGCACCAGCCAGGGCAUGACCCGCAAGGAGCGCGCCGAGAUCAUCCUGGCGCUGCUCGAGGUCCUCAGCUCCGACAGCUCCGGGAUAGUCCGCAAGCUCGAGGAGCGCGGCGCCGGGCAGUUCGUCAUCGACUUCCAGCUCGCAUCCAACACGCUCCGCAACCUCUGCCUCGAUGCGCUGGUGCAGGAGAAGUUUGGGGCCCUGCACGCCCGCACGGUCCGCAUCCUGCGCGACAAGCAAAAGCUCGACGAGAAGGUCAUUGCCCAGUCCGUCAUGCUGCCGAUUGGGCAGUGCCGCUGAAAAACUGCACGACCUGGCGCUCGAGGGCCUCAUCGACACACUGGAGAUCCCGCGUACCGCCGACCAGAAAUCCCGUCGCGCAUGUUCUAUCUGUGGUUCAUCAACUCGGAGAAGCAAGUGCGCAAUGCCCUGCGCUUGGCCUUCGAGGGCAUCUCCAAUGCCAUGCAGCGCAUGGAGUACGAGGUCGCGGCCCGGGAGAGCCUGACAGCGAAGGCCAGCCGCGAGGAUGUCAUUGCCAACCCGGAGCUGCUGACCGAGGGCGAGCGUGAGGAGCUCAGCAAGCUCGAGACCAUCAAGCUGCGGCUGCAGGUUGCGUGCGUGCGCCUGGACCGCAUGCUACUGGUGCUGCAUGACAUCAACCCGUCGUCAGCCGAGCUUAACC